AUGGCCUCUAAGAAGCAGCAGCAGGUUUGUCUACCCAAUAUUGCGCGUAUCAUAUUGUUUGCUGACAAUCUGCUAGGAAAUGGUCCAGGUCGGUUCGUGUCCAUCCAAAUCGCAAAGAGCGUCAUAGUAUCCGGGGUAGCUAACAUAUCGCUUCCCUGCGUACAGACCGGUCCUCGUACCUCUGCCUCUCCGUUCUGGCGCACAACGUCCAACUCCGCUAGCUCACCGCAAAACAAGAAGGUCAUUGGCGCAUCCUAUUCGCAUGCUGACAUACUCAACUUCAGCUCGUUGAGCGUAUCCGGGUCAAACCCGCGACCUCGAACCCCGCCAUCGACCACCCACAGUCGCGAGUCAAGCACUGCACCGAGCCGGUCCAGUAAGACCAUAUCACCCCGUCCCGCGCGAGCGACCUACAGCUACUUCCUCAACGACACACACCAAGACUGGAACGAUGGCGACGAAGAUGAUGCCGACAACAUGUUUGAGGAUGAUGAAGACGAGUUCGGGCUGCCGAGCAUCGCAAACAUGCGGAGGAAGGGUCGGCGGAAACAACCAUCCAAGGCAAAAGAAGCAAGCGGACAUGUCAGUAGAGAAAGUCUGGGCUCAACAGCGUGGCGCGGUAUAGACAGUGGUGAUAUUGCAGAAGAGCGAGGUAUACCCAACUACCCAACCGCGAAGAAAAUCGAAGGAAAGAUUCUACGGCCACAGUAUCAAGAGAUCCUUCGAGACCCCGCGAACUCGCUACAUCUCAUUUCACAUCCUACUCCACCCCCGAACGCGUCAGCGAAACAGGUCGAGGAACAUUCCGCACGAAUAACGAGAAUCAACAAGUUCAAGAGGAUACUACAAGCAAGUACUAUAUCAUUAUCAGACCUGCGAGACUCGGCAUGGUCAGGUGUUCCGUCCGAAGUGCGCGCGAUGACAUGGCAGGUCUUGUUGGGGUACCUACCGACUAGCAGCGAGAGAAGGGUCGCGACACUCGAGCGCAAACGGAAGGAAUACUUGGAGGGAGUGCGGCAGGCUUUCGAACGAGGUACAUCUGGCAGUGCUAGCGCUGUCGCCUCCGGAGUGGCAGGCGGCGCAGCCCAUCCUUCAGCGAAUCGUGGGCGAGGACGUGGCCUGGACGAAGCUAUAUGGCAUCAGAUCAGCAUUGAUGUGCCUCGGACGAACCCACAUCUUGAGCUUUACAGCUACGAAGCUACGCAACGAUCCCUCGAGCGAAUAUUAUACGUGUGGGCGAUACGGCAUCCUGCUUCUGGUUACGUACAAGGCAUCAAUGACCUGGUUACCCCCUUCUGGCAGGUCUUCCUAGGCGCCUAUAUCUCAGAUCCCGACAUUGAAUUCGGUAUGGAUCCUGGACAAUUACCCAAACAGGUUUUGGAUGCAGUUGAGGCAGACUCCUUUUGGUGUCUUACCAAACUGCUUGAUGGCAUUCAAGACAACUACAUCGCACAUCAACCAGGUAUUCAAAGACAAGUGGCAAGUCUAAGGGAUCUUACCACCCGUAUCGAUGAUCAGCUGGCGAAGCAUCUUCAAAACGAGGGUGUAGAGUUCAUACAGUUCAGCUUUCGAUGGAUGAACUGUCUUCUGAUGCGCGAGAUUUCAGUCAAGAACACGAUACGGAUGUGGGAUACAUAUCUGGCCGAAGAAGAUGGGUUCUCGUCCUUUCACCUCUACGUAUGUGCUGCGUUCCUCGUCAAGUGGUCCGAUCAGCUGCGAAAAAUGGAUUUCCAGGAGACGAUGAUGUUUCUACAAUCAUUACCAACACGGCAAUGGACCGAGAAAGACAUUGAGUUGUUGCUAAGCGAAGCCUUCAUCUGGCAAAGUCUGUUUAAAGGCAGCGCUAUACGAAACACUAUCAUGUCACCACCAUCUCGCCCUCCUUUCCAGGACCUCCCACUUGACAAGAAUGGCCCACCAGGAAACGCAUGGGGCCUCUAUGGCGCGAACGACGAACUUGGUGCUCUAAACAUGAUCACGCCGUCUGCCGUCAAAGCAGCAGCCCAAGAAAUACAGACUGGUGACCGUGUCUCACUAGACUGGUAUCUUAACUUACCUUCUCAUCCCUCAUUUAACCGACCAUCGUUCUCCUGGAAAAUGAUGAAUAAAGCACAUCCAGAUGGCACAAAGAGAACAGUCAACGACGACCACCUAGAUUUCAAUACGCAAGGAAGUAGCCAAUGGGACGGCUUCAGACACUACGGAUACCAAAGCGCAAAGAGAUACUACGGCGGACGCUCACAGCAAGACAUCGAAUCUUCGGAAAUCAUCGGCAUCGAUCGCGUGACCAGCUCAGGUGGGAUCACCACUAGAGGCAUCAUCCUCGAUUAUCCGCGGUACCUAGAGAAGAAAGGCAAGGAAGCAGUGUACGCGCUGGAAGCAAACGGUAUCACGGCAGAAGAGUUGAAAGAUAUGCUGCAAGAAACGGGUAUCAAGACAAGGGAAGGUGAUCUUUUACUAUUACGAACGGGUUUCACUCGCGAUUACACCAAGUUGAGUGAGGAAGAGAGGAGAACUAUGAAGGAUAAGCCGCCGGCGUACUUGGGUGUGCAGUCGGAUAAGCAUACGCUGCAGUGGAUUUGGGAAAGUGGGUUUGCCGCUGUUGCAUCCGACGCUCCAUCUUUUGAAAUGGCACCACUAGUAGGUCCACACAACGCUCCAGGCGGCCUCUGGGCCGGCGAAUCAUGGGAAAAAGAGAUGCAGGGCGGUGGAUUAAUACACCAGUGGUUGUUGGCUGGCUGGGGUGUCAUGAUAGGUGAGAUGUUUGACUUGGAGCGAUUGUGUGAUAAGAGUGAAGAAUUGGGACGGAGCACCUGCUUUGUUAGUAGUGUUCCAUUGAAGGUACCUGGUGGUGUUGCAAGUCCGCCGAAUGCUGUUGCCAUCUUCUGA